AUGCGUUCCUUCAUUGCUACCGCUCUCUUCGUGGCUGGCGUCAGUGCCAAGAUGAGCAGCGACUACCUUGACUGUGCUACCGCCGCUAUGGACGGCAUCGACACCUCCAAGUUCAAGGAUUGCACCGAUCUGAGCUCUGAUGAGUGCUUCUGCAACAACAAGGAUGCCAUCGAAAACCUGAGCGAGUCUGCUGAGGCUGUCUGCAAGGAAGCCGGCAUCGACCUGAGCUCCCUAAGCUCUCUCUGCUCCAGCGACCGCGUCUCAGCACCGGCUCGCCACGCCUCCAAGCCCAUGGAACCCGCCAACAUGAACAUCAAGCGCGCCUACUCCCCCUCCAGCGAGACCGAAGAUAAGAUGCCCGAGCCCCGCGUCGUUUAUGUGACCAUGACCGAGACCCACAGCGCGUGCAGCUGCAAGACCACGCCUGCCCCGGCGCACAUCUCCCAGAUUCCCGUUGACGUCCCUGUCAGCUCGAGCAUGAUUGGCAUGCUCGCUGCCUCGUCGCCCGUUAUCUCUAACGGUGUUCUCAUCCCCGCCUCCUCUUCUUCUGUCCUCUUCGGCUCCCAGGCUUCGGCUGCGACUCCUGCGCCCAGUGGUGCGGAUCCUAACCGCUUCUCUGCCUUCCAGGGUGCCGCGCCUCAGGUCAGCGCUGCCCACGGUGGUAUCGCUGCUCUCGGUGUUGCGGCCUUCAUGGGUGUGAUGAUUGCUCUGUAA